UCCUCAUAGAUCAAUACAACAGAGAGAUCAUGAGGUUCAUGUUGAUGCUAACAACCUUUAUUGGCUGCUGGUACCCAUUGAAGAGAUGGCCUGAAACUCUGGUAGCCAUCAGCCUUUGUUUUCUCUCCCUGAUAUGCUAUUUGAACCACAGGAACAAGAAGCAACUCAUACUGAUCAACUGGCCUUUCUUGGGCACACUUCCUUUGGUUCUCCGAAACAUCCACCGUCUCAAUGAGUGGUGGACUGAGGUUUUCAACUCGCUUGGCAGCAGCUCCUUCUAUAUAAGAGUCCCUCCCUUCUCAACCCCGAAAUACCUCCUAACUUGCCACCCCUCCAACUUGGAUCACAUCCUCAGAACUAAUUUCUCCAAUUACCCAAAAGGCCGAGACUUCACCGAGAUAUUUGACAUACUUGGUGAUGGAAUAUUUAGCACUGACGAGACAUGGCAUGCCCAGAGGAAGAUAGCAAACUUGCGCUUCACGUCCAGAAAGUUUCGGGACAUCGUCGCAAAGUUGAGCAGAAAGGUGGUGAGUGAUGAACUUCUUCCCCUGUUGGCGCAUGUAGCUACACAAGAGUCGGCCAUCGAUUUGCAAGAUGUGUUUCUGAGGUUUACAGUUGAUAGUAUUGGUCGUAUUAUAUUUGGCAGAGACGUUAGCAGUCUGUCUACAGAUCUUCCGAUAGACGAACUCGCCACUGCCUUUGAGGACGCACAGAAAGCCAUACAAUAUAGGCAAGUGAUGCCCACUUGGGUGUGGAAGUUGCUACGUUGGUUGAGGGUGGGGAGAGAGAGGAAGUUAGCUGAAGCAGCUAAAACCGCAGAUACCCUUAUAGGAAAAUAUAUUUUGCUGAAGAGGGAAGAGUUGGUUAAAGGGGUGGAAGGAAAUGAUUUAUUGUCCAUGUACAUGAGCGUUCAGGGAGAAAUGAACGAUGACUUCUUCAAGAGCGACAAGUUCCUCAGAGAUAACAUGCUGAACUUCGUCAUUGCCGGACGGGACACAACUGCAUCGGGCCUCACCUGGUUCUUUUGGUUAAUUUCUAAGACCCCGCGUGCUGAGGCAAAGAUCUUGGAAGAACUAGAGCUUGUCUUCUCUAAGAAGAAGGAGUCUAGAGAAGGUGAGCUUGAUACAGGGGCCAAGCAAAUGUGGGUGUUCGAUUCAGAUGAUCUUAGAGGGUUGGUGUACCUGCACGCAGCGUUGUGUGAAACUGAAAGGCUCUAUCCUGCAGUUCCAGUCAUCCAAAAAGGUAUUAUCAGAGAAGAUGCUCUGCCUGAUGGAACCAUUGCGAGGCCAGGGAUGCUGAUCCUACUGUCAGUCUAUGCAAUGGGAAGGAUGGCAUGGAUCUGGGGAGAGAAUUGUUUAGAGUUCAAGCCCGAGAGAUGGAUCGACGACGAAGGAAAACUGAAGCAUGAAGCCACAUCUAAGUUGGCAGCGUUCGGCUUUGGGCCGAGGACUUGCCUGGGUAAGGACAUGGCUUUCACUCAGAUGAAGAUGGCUGCCGCUGCCAUCCUCUUCAACUUCCACGUUGAAGUGGUAGAGGGUCACCCUGUUUCUAUAAAAAGAUCUACAGUCCUACAAAUGAAUGAUGGAUUGAAGGUCAAGAUGAAAAAACGAGCCCAUUAGUUAAUAUUCCAUCAAGGUGUUGGAAAAUCCUUAUGCUGUCUACCUACUUAAUCUGUUUAUCUAAUCCAGAACAUUAUCAUCUUGUAAAACAAAGCUAGAUUAUUGUUUAGUUUCCUAGAAUAAUAAGGGUUACUGCUAGUUAAUUUCGU